GUCUGCACCGAGCGGGAGUUCUACCACGGAGCGUAUCCGGGGCUUUUACACGGCUGUGUGAUGUUUCGGAAAGCGAAAGUGGCCUUUCGAUGGGACAACGCACCGUAAUCAGUUCGACGCGUGUGCGGCGUCAUCGAAUCGUCCUAGUUUAAAGACGAUGUAUCAACCGCAGAGCAACGCGGCGGCUGGUCGAUCGUUCGGUGGUGAUAAAAUGUGUUUUAGAAGAUAAAGUGAGACGAUACAGAAGUGAAAAGAAAAGCGGGCGAUUUGUUGCGGGAUUAUGGGAAACAAUGGAUAUCGAAGUGAGUUAAACGAAUCGACGCCUUAGUGCAGAAGGGAGAAGAUUGUGCUUCAGAUUACUGGUGAUACAAGUGACGAUGGUGCUAUUUCGUGGUGCGUUAGUGAACGAUAAGAUACGAUAAGUCAAAGUCGGUGUUUGGGAAUAGUUCGGCCGUUAUCGUAGGGAUAAUAGAUUUAGUCGGUGUUGGGCAUGGUUGCCCUAUUUUAAUGCCAUUUUUUAAGCGUAAAAGGUAAAACAACUCAAAAGCUUAAAUAAUGCUCCAGGAAUAACUGUGCAGAGCUGUGUCUUCUCUUUUCUAUUAAAAAAAACUUCUUUUUAAUAACAAAGAAGUUUUCGAAAUUUGCAAACAAUUUCUCAUCCUUAAAAUGCCCGAGGAAACACACAUUUGAUUGGUUGCGAGGAAAUUUCCUUCCAUCAUCAUCAUUGUCGUCAUCAUUCCUUCCAAAGCUUUUCCAAUUUGUUGUCGGCCGUCCGCCGUACACCACGCGUAACGCGCACCCAAACGUACAGUAUUUUUAGAGAAAACACACAUAUUUUUAACCCUCUUGCCAUCCUUCCAUUGCUAGCACCGGGCGGCGUUGUGCGAAAUACUUUCGCGAAAGUUUUUCACCACACCAAACCACCAUUAUACGUGGUUGGUUGGGGAUGCUCUGUUCUGCACUUGUGUAUUUGUGUGUUUGUUUUUCGUAGAAUUGUAUCGCAAUUGUUUUUUAUUUAAAGCUGUGGUAGGGGAACGUGCUGGUCCCGCUAACAUCGACUGAUCGCUUGUUGAAUUCAUUAUGCAAUGUUCGAGUCAUCUAGCUGUUUGGUGGUUGGAAGUUUUUUUUCCUCGCCUUCGCUGGUCUUUAAGACUGCUUUGUUGAAUGUUUAUGAGCGAUGAGAUGUUUCUGUUGGUGUGUUAAAAUAUUUUCAGAAUUGGAUAAUGUAUCGAAUAUAAAAUAUUCAAGGGCUCGCUUUAUAAUGUAAAUGGCAAUCAGUGGUACUUCAUAGUUCAUAUACAGUCCGUGACAAAAAAUAUAAGAGUGUCUAUUUUUUAGAAUAAAAAUUAGCAGAAAUCUAUGUGUAAAAUGGUUAUUAAGAAUAAUAACAAAGAUUUAUCGGAUUUUAUUAUGAGGAACUUUUACAAUUUUUCCUCGCGUUUAUGAAACUCCUCAAUAUAAUAUAAUUCUUCAAAUCACUGCGGAAAAUAGUUUUCUUCGUUUAUUUAAUGGUUUUAAAAAUCGUUAAAUAAAUUUGCUUGCGAUCUCUAUCUGGGGCAGGUGGGAUAGCUGUGACGGCCUGCAUAUCCCAUCCUGCAGGCCUGCAGGACUGGAGUUCAAAUCCCAACUAUACCUCCUCCCCGUAAGCAGGACUGACUUGUCCAUCAACGGGUAAAAUCAAGUCACAGAAAGCCAGAAAUGGCAGGCUGAGACCUCUGGAGGAUGUAGUGUGAAAAAGGAAGAAGAAGUAGUGUGAAAAGAAUAAUGUUAAUGUUUUUUUUAUAACAAUUUUACAAUAAAAAAUUUAAAACAUGUAUUUAUCGGUCUGUUCUGCAAUAUUUACGAGCAACAUACGAUCGUACAAACAACACUAAACAUGGGCAAUAUAUUUUUCAGCACAGAAUAUUGGAAAAAUCUACCAACAUUAGGCCCACUCCUCAAAUCGUCGAGACGCUCUUCAUGAAAGUCUGCUACAAAAGCUCUCACAAAAAGUGCGGGACAUAAUUAUUAUUCUUUACAACUCUCUAAAACAUUAAUUUAAGUAAGUUUUAAUUUUGUUUCUUAAAAUAACAGGUAUUACUCUAGUUUUGUUAAGGACUGUACUACAUUAACUGCAACCGCAACUAGAUAACGUCUCGGUCCCUGGGCCUUCUUUGCAUGUUUUUAAUAAUUUUCGAGUAAAAAAUUCGUUUUUUCCGAGAACCCAUUCGCCCUUUGGCUAAUCCAGGAAUAUAGCCUUUUUUGAAUGUUCUUGUUUAGCCGGAAAAUGCUGGAGAAUGGAAAGCUGGUAUCGAGCAAUGGCUGAAGAAUCAGAAAAUGUCCAGGCAGGGUUUGACCAGAGUGUCACCAUGAGGCUGAGCGUUGUGAUGCCUAUUCUAGUAGUGUGGUCAAUUCUCACGCAACACUUGGUUCAAUCAGAUUGUUUGUUGUCGAUAACACUCUCCAGCGAGGGAUUCACUCGGGUUCAAUAGCCCAUAGCAAAUCACGUCGAGAUGAUCCCUCCAGAACCAGGCACACCAAAAUCUUCGAGGUAUAGAAAUAGCGACAAGACCGAGAGCUUCCCAACACUUUUUUCCUUUUGAUGAUGCUGAUAGUGAUGAUGGUUUCCGUCUUUAACUCGACAAUGGCUUUUUGAAAUAAUAACUAGAAUUAUUGGUACGGUUUUAGAGCUACGUGCUUAAGUCUAUAACCUAGUUAGCGCUUUUUAGACAGUUUGGAUGCUUAAAGAUCUACCCUUGAUGUCUACAUGUCGCAGUUGACGUCUCUUGGCUUCAGUACACGAGGGUACUGAUGUUCCUUGUAUUUAAACAAUUCUUAGAGAGUGCAGCCGUGAGGAAAUGGCUUGACAUUCCUAGAAAAGAAGCUAGCUAUUGUUUCAUUUAUCGGAAUUUUUCCCAACCGGCAAUGUCUUGCUGGAAGUCUUCAAGGUCGCCCGUUUCCGUUUCUUGAAGGGACGGAAUAACUUCCGACCACUUCUGAAUUGCUCAGAGCAUAAUCUUUGUACGCUUUAGAUGCCAUUUUGCUUCUUUAAAGCACUGGAAGGCAUCGAUUAUCCAUACCCUGAACUCUAAGUCAUCCAUUUUGAAUUUGAACUUGUUAUUUAAUCCCUUUUUAUUUCUUGUUAUUCAAUCCCUAAGCCACAGUCUAAAUCCUUUAAACCAUAAUGUCCCCAAAACUUACAAUCAAUGUCUUACAAAAUCAAUUAUCGUUUGACAUCAGAUCUUCAAAAGGCACAAACGGCAUUUCUGCCGCAAAAUGUUUGUUUUACCUCUCGAAAUUGCUCUCAUGCCCCUUCACUUGGCUAACGAACCUAUCAGCUGUUGAAUGCCAUCGCCCAGAUCGUAGACAACCGGCCGCGGUCCAAUGUGCAACGAACCGUAGUGCAGGAUUAUCGACAAUACAGACAAGUGGUGAAGCGUGUGUAGAAUGUGGGCAACAAGCUACCGGAACUAGCUGUUAGUGUUUACCGUGCGUCCAUUGCGUCUACCGUCCUCUCCUCUCACCUCACCUACCAUCAGAACACCAGGUUUCAGUUGUACUUGCAUUCGAAGAAUUCGGAAACGUGCAGCAGAAUGUGGCUGCCGGUACAAUAAUAGACCGCAACGGAUAUUUUGGAUGCUUAGCCAUCCGUGCCGGGGAAUCCUUCGAUUGGCUCCGGUCGGAACGGUGUAAGUCCAGCACUCGUCUCGCGGGCCUCGGACACCCCAAAGCCAAACCCCGACCGACCGAACCCGUCCGAAACAUGUGGCAGCAGCGAAGAUGAACGACGCUCCUAACGAUGUGGCAUCCAGUGUGGCAGACUACGAAGAUCUGAUGGCACCAUGGGCGUACAAUGCGGCCGCCAUCACACUGUUCUUUAUCGGUUUCUUUGGCUUUUUUCUCAACCUGUUUGUAAUUGCACUAAUGUCCAAGGAUAUGCAGCUAUGGACACCGAUGAACAUCAUAUUAUUCAAUUUGGUUUGCUCCGACUUUUCCGUGUCGAUCAUCGGCAAUCCGCUAACGCUCACGUCGGCCAUCUCCCAUCGCUGGAUCUUCGGACGGACGCUGUGCGUGGCGUACGGGUUCUUCAUGUCGCUGCUCGGAAUAACGUCCAUCACGACGCUCACCGUACUGUCCUACGAGCGGUACUGUCUCAUCAGCCGCCCAUUCUCAUCACGGAAUUUGUCACGCAAAGGAGCGUUCCUGGCGAUAUUCUUCAUCUGGGGCUACUCGUUUGCGUUAACCUCGCAUCCGCUGUUUGGUUGGGGUGCGUACGUCCAGGAGGCAGCUAACAUUAGCUGUUCGGUGAAUUGGGAAUCGCAAACGAAGAACGCCACCACGUACAUCAUUUUUCUGUUCGUGUUUGGGCUAGUCGUCCCGUUGAUAGUCAUUGUCUACAGUUACACCAACAUCAUCGUCAACAUGCGAAGGAACUCAGCCCGCGUUGGGCGAAUAAACCGUGCCGAACAGCGGGUCACCUCCAUGGUGGCGGUGAUGAUCGUCGCGUUCAUGGUCGCAUGGACACCGUACGCCAUCUUUGCGCUGAUCGAACAGUUCGGACCACCGGAACUUAUUGGGCCCGGGUUGGCCGUUUUGCCGGCACUCAUCGCGAAAUCGAGCAUCUGCUACAACCCGAUCAUCUACGUCGGCAUGAACACACAGUUCCGGGCAGCGUUUACCCGGGUGCGUAACAAGGGCGGCGUGCCAACGGCGGACCAAAACACUACCACGAUGCAGCGCGAGCUGACCAAGAGCAGCCGUGACAUGGUGGAGUGUAGUUUCGAUUUCUGUCGCAAGAAAAACCGCUUCAAAAUUAGCCUAGUGAAACCGACCGCACCGUUGGCGGUGGUGGACGUGUCGAGCAGCUCGCAUCCGGGCAAGGUAACCAGCCGUUCGCCCCUGGACCAAACGGUGCUGAACGAGAUGAACGAUGAGGAACGGGGGCGCGAACGGAGCGGUGCCGGGUACGCCGGUUCCCGGUUCGUGCGUCCCGACUUUGAACUAUCUGUGAUUAAUAGUGGAAAAUCGAUACUGAUAAAAUCGAAAAAUUUUCGGUCCAAUUUACUAUAAAAGCGCACGUGAUACGAUUGAACGGUGAACGGUGAACGAGAGCACACGCUGUACGAACUGAGCAGUUAAGUAGGUGUGGAGGUGUGGUUAUGUUUUUAAUUCAUUACGACUGUAAGUGGCAAGUGUGGACAGAAACUGUAGGCACACCAAUGUUCCUCUCCGCGAUGGACCAAAUUGAAACGAAGAAACGUCCCGAUAAGAACUGUAUCGUUAUAGAUAAAGGAGCGGUUUUAACGGACAGCAGCUUGUUUUCCUUUUUAACACUGGGUUAUGUUAAGAUCUGACGUAUAUUUCGUUCAUGUGACGUUCUAUUUCAACACUGUGGCGUUGCAUUUCAACAGUUCUCCUGCGGCUUGUUUACCUUGUCCAGUGUUUCUCAAGCUAUUGGAAAGGAAUUAUUUAUUUUUCAAAUAAUGAACUUUUCGGUUGCUUUGCCGAAAAGAAAAAUGAUAUAAUGAUUUUUCUUGGGUGAUUUUGCUUAGUGCGAAUUUCCCGUUGUCACUUGAGCAAUUAAAAAAAUCAAAAUCGCUUCUGACACUCCAGGUAUAAAUAAUAAGUUGAAAAGUUGCCCGAAAACAUUUAAAAAGUAAUUCUUGGGUGAGGUAUGCUGAAAAUGUGAAAAAUGCUAACAAUUGGGGUAGAAAGUAGCUGAAGUUUUUCUUUUUAAAUAAACUAAUUUAUCAAAAUGGUAUAUUUUAUGUAAAUCGCUUCGAUAUAAGUUUAUCCGUUUUUUUUUUCUUAUAUGCAAUACCAUUUUGAAUGCCUGAGUGUUUGAUUUUUUUUCCUUCAUUUAAUUUCAACUGAUUUCAUAUGAAUGAAUUUUUUGAGAUGAAGUUGACCUUCAUCUGGCUUGAGAAACACUGAAAUGUUUAAACAAGCCGAUCGAUUUUGGAUUAUUUUUGAAAAAGAACGCCACAAAAAUGUAAUUUUGAAUCACAAAUGUAAAAUAUUCAUCGAAUUUUGUAACAAACCUUUGUAGAAAUCAAAAUUGCUGUUGACAUUCAUAAAUGACCCGAGAAACCCUGUAAUUUUCACAUCGCUCGCUAAAGGAAUGAGCCCACUUUUAGUGAGCGAUGCGAGCGUGCAGUAGUUGUUUUGUAUUAGAGUUAACGUAACUUUACUUUUCCACUCAGAUUAAUUUAUUUAAAAUUCGAAAUCAAUGCAAUUGUAACUAACGACGAGCUUUUGGAAACGACACUCAAGACACGAGCGAAGGUAACUAUAAUUCAAACCCACCAAACAAACAUGAACGCAAGCGAGCGAGAUAGUGACGUAAUGUUACAGUUGAGAGUCAAGUAGAUCAUGUGGCAUUUCUUACAAAUGCCGUUUAAUGGUAAGCCAGAUGUUCACAUUUUAGAGUAACGGAAGAAGAGCAACUAAAUAUAAUACUAU